AUGGCAAACUCCAAGGGUUCUAAUAGAUUACUUGACAUUAGGAUUGAGGAUGAGAUGCGGAGGACGCAAAAAUACCAUCUUGGUCUUUUGAAGGGGAAGCUCGCUCGACUACGUGCACAGCUGCUCGAGCCCACAGCUGGUUCUGGGUCCAGCGGCGGAACGGGCUUCGAUGUCAGCAAGAGCGGCGAUGCAAGAAUUUCACUGGUGGGAUUUCCAUCUGUUGGAAAAUCGACAUUCUUAUCGAAGAUUACAAAAACGAAAAGUGAAGUCGCUGCAUACUCUUUCACAACCUUAACGGCUAUCCCGGGCGUACUUGAAUACGGAGGAGCAGAGAUUCAAGUGCUUGAUCUUCCUGGAAUUAUUGAGGGUGCCGCUGAGGGGAAAGGAAGAGGAAGACAGGUCAUAUCCGCUGCAAAAACUAGUGACCUGAUUUUAAUGGUUCUUGACGCGACAAAACGUGCUGAGCAAAGAGCACUCUUGGAAGCCGAAUUGGAGGCUGUUGGGAUCCGGUUGAAUCGUGAACCACCAAAUAUUUACUUGAAGGUGAAGAAAGCCGGUGGAAUGAAAAUUACUUUCCAGAAUCCCCCCAAAAAUUUGGAUGAAAAGAUGCUCUACAAUAUCCUUCGAGAUUAUAAGAUUUUGAAUUGCGAAGUCCUAGUUCGGGAUGAAAACGCUACGGUUGAUGAUUUUAUAGACGUUAUCAUGAAAGACCACAGGAAGUACAUCAAGUGCUUAUAUGUUUAUAACAAGAUAGACAGUGUCAGCGUUGACUUCCUUGAUAAACUAGCUCGAGAACCUAAUACGUGCGUGAUGAGCUGUGAGUUAGACCUAGGAGUCCAGGAUGUCAUCGAUAGAUGCUGGGAGGAGUUGCGGUUGAUUCGAAUAUAUACCAAGCGAAAGGGAGUUGAGCCUGACUUCAGCGAGGCGCUCAUUGUUAGGAAUAAUUCAACCAUCGAAGAUGUCUGUGACCAAAUCCAUCGCUCACUCAAAGAAACAUUCAAGUAUGCGCUCGUGUGGGGACAAAGCGCGAUGCAUGUGCCCCAAAGAGUCGGACUGAGUCAUGCUGUUGCAGACGAGGACGUUGUGUCGAUUGUUACUAAAUAGUUGUUGUAAUUUGCAGCGGCAUCAACGGUUUGCUCUGAUGACAAGAAAUCCUUAUACAACAUAUUUU